CUCAACAAGUACCAAGGUGUGGCAUCACCCCCAAAUGCGAUCUGCAUAAAGUAAAGUAAAAAAAAAUCCCGAAGUUUCGAUUAAACCACCCUACUUUUUUUGAGGGAUUUACAUUCCACUUUUCUUUUCUAUUCUUCUUCCUUAAUUUCCUGAAUAAACCUAUCGAAUCAUGCCAUCAUACGUUGGAGCUAUUGACCAAGGAACGACUUCAACACGCUUCGUCAUCUUUGACGAUAAGGGCAACAUGAUCACGUGGCACCAACUUGAAUUCGAACAACAUUAUCCGAAACCAGGGUGGAUUGAGCAUGAUCCUGAAGAGCUUUUGGAUGUAGUAUCACGAUGUGCAGAGGAAGCCCUUCGCAAAUUUGGGAUGAUGGGACGUGAUCUCAAGGAAAUUAAAGCCAUCGGUAUUACGAAUCAACGAGAAACGACUCUGGUAUGGGAUCGAGAAACCGGAGAGCCACUUUAUAAUGCCAUUGUAUGGGGCGACACGCGAACAAAGCACGUCGUCAAGCAGCUCAAGGCCAAGCAAUUCGAUGUGCAAUCCAUAUGCGGAUUACCGAUCCAUAACUACUUUUCGGCAGUCAAGCUGCACUGGCUGAUGAGCAAGGUCAAAGAUGUUAAAGAAGCGAUAGACAAUAAGCGGGCAAUGUUUGGAACGGUCGAUUCUUGGCUCAUUUGGAAUUUGACGGGAGGUAUCCACGUAACAGAUACGACAAACGCAAGUCGAACGAUGCUUAUGAACCUGAAAACACGACAAUGGGAUAAAGAUUUGUUAAACUUCUUUGAAAUACCAGAACACAUCCUGCCAAAAAUCGUAUCUUCGUCGGAACACUACGGUGACAUCGUGAGCGGACCCUUAGAAGACAUGCCUUUGAUGGGAUGUCUUGGCGAUCAGCAAGCGGCAUUUGUAGGGCAAAAAUGUUUCUCGGUCGGGGAGGCGAAAAACACCUAUGGUACAGGCGCAUUCAUGUUGCUGAAUGUUGGAUCAGAACCUGCUUUUUCCAAAAGCGGGUUAUUAGCGACGGUUGGAUAUCAGUUUGGCGAUCGCGUUGCGUAUGCACUUGAAGGAUCUAUUAGUGUUGCUGGCGCUGCUGUCAGCUGGCUCAGAGAUAAUCUCGGUAUUAUUAAGCAUGCCCGUGAAGUGGACGAACUUGCAUCCAAAGUUGAGGAUACCGGUGGCGUCAUGUUUGUAACGGCAUUUUCGGGUUUAUUUGCUCCGUAUUGGCGUGACGAUGCCCGUGGAACAUUGGUGGGAUUGACUCAAUAUACCAACAAAUGUCAUAUCGCACGAGCAACAUUGGAAGCCGUAUGUUAUUCCACACGAGCAAUUUUGGAUGCCAUGAAGGAAGACGGUGAUGUAACGCUCAAGAUCUUGAGAGCAGAUGGCGGUAUGUCCAGUUCCGACAUCUGCAUGCAGACGCAGGCCAAUACAUUGGGCAUCCCUGUUGAACGACCGGCCAUGCGAGAGACAACAGCGUUGGGAGCUGCAUUUGCUGCAGGUUUGGCGGUAGGGAUAUGGAAAGAUGUUGAAGAGCUACGAGAACUUCAGGUCGAAGCUGCAACAGUGUUUAAUAGCAAGCUGGAUGAUAAAGGACGGGAGAAUUCAUUCCAUGUAUGGGAAGAAGCAGUUCAACGAAGUAUGGGCUGGACAGAUGUACUUUAUGAUGAAAACGAUUAA